GUCGAGAGAUGACUUUCCGGUUUUGGGUUGUGUCUUUGUUUGUUUUUCUUUAUAAAAAAGUCAAAACAAAAUAAAUUUGGAUUAAUUAUCCUCGUACUGAAAUCAAUUGGUUUGGAACUAAGUAACAAUAGGAUACAUGCGGCGCACCGGAUCAUGCCAUUCUCCCUCUUUAAAUAUCAAAGCAGAUCCCUAAACCCUAACAAAGAUCCAAAUAUCAAACCUCCCCUCUUACUACACGCUCCGGCACCUCCAAAACUCCAUCUCGAGAGAGAAAUCGCAUCACUUUGAAAUGGCGGUCGCUUUCCCAGAUGUCAAGUCAGCGUCAGGUUUGAAGGAACUCGAUGAAUACUUGCUUAGUCGUAGCUACAUUUCCGGGUAUCAGCCUUCUAAGGACGAUGUUACCGUUUACGAAGCGCUCUCCAAACCCGUAUACAGCGAAUAUGUUAACGUGUCUAGGUGGUCCAAUCACAUCGAAGCACUUUUGAGAGUUUCCGCUGUUUUUGGAGAGGGUUCUGGUGUUAAGUUGGACGCAGUUGCAACCCCACCGGCUGCUGAUGCAAAGGUUGCCGAUGACGAUGACAUGGAUCUGUUUGGAGAAGAGACCGAAGAGGAGAAGAAGGCUGCUGAGGAGCGCGCUGCUUCCAUCAAGGCUUCUUCAAAGAAGAAAGAGAGUGGCAAAUCAUCAGUUCUGAUGGAUAUCAAACCUUGGGAUGAUGAAACUGACAUGAAGAAACUUGAAGAGGCUGUAAGGAGCGUUCAGAUGGAAGGCUUGCUUUGGGGAGCAUCGAAACUUGUCCCUGUUGGAUAUGGCAUUAAGAAAUUGCAGAUAAUGCUCACAAUUGUUGAUGACCUUGUGUCUGUUGAUAAUCUCAUUGAGGAACAUCUGACAGCUGAACCCAUAAAUGAGCAUGUUCAGAGCUGUGACAUCGUUGCCUUCAACAAAAUAUAAUUUUGAGCUUUUCGUCAGAUCCCAAGAGCUGGUGGUUUCAAAGAUGUUGAGUUUGGGGAGAUGUUUUAUAGAAGCCUUGCUCAUACUUGUUUUGACAAUGCUUGAAAUACUUCUCUUUCCAGCUUUAACUGCUGUCUACUUCCUCUCAGGUUUGUUUCUUAAAUUGAUUUGAAAUGAGCUUAAAAAAAUAAUAUUAGGAUAAUUAUCAUGUUUCAUUCCAGUAUACUGAGUUUUAAAUUGAUGACAGCUUUUGGUAUAUAUUUUGAUAUUGUUUCAUAGAGUUCUUGAAGAUUGAAAGCUUAGAAGAAGGAUGCAAUCAACAUUUCAGGAAUAUGACAAGAAAGGAUAGAUGGUGUAACAUUAAUUGCGUAAUACUCACACAUAUAAACACACAUUAGAACAUUGAAGUUAAAACAUUUGGAUCAUGUGUUAGGGAAUAUGAAUGGAAGGUAUAACAAAAUGCUGGAGUAUAAGCACAGUAUUUCUUGCCUGCACGUUAGCUAAGUAGCAUCAUGGAUUCAUGAAAUGUAGAGGAAGCCAUGUUCAUAACAUUUGCCACCAUUGUCUAUUCAGUCAACAAAUAUUUGGUAA